AUGGCAGACCAACACGAGGUCGAUCUCGACUCUAUAAUCGACAGGCUACUCGAGGUACGAGGCAGCCGACCCGGCAAGCAAGUUCAGCUUCUCGAGGCUGAGAUCCGUUAUCUCUGCACCAAGGCUCGUGAGAUCUUCAUCUCUCAGCCCAUCCUUCUCGAACUCGAGGCUCCAAUUAAGAUCUGCGGUGAUAUCCACGGACAGUACUACGAUCUUCUCCGACUCUUUGAGUACGGUGGCUUCCCUCCCGAGGCCAACUACCUCUUCCUCGGUGACUACGUCGACCGAGGCAAGCAGUCUCUUGAGACCAUUUGCUUGCUCCUUGCCUACAAGAUCAAGUACCCCGAAAACUUCUUCAUCCUCCGAGGUAACCACGAGUGCGCCUCUAUCAACCGAAUCUAUGGCUUUUACGACGAGUGCAAGCGUCGCUACAACAUCAAGCUUUGGAAGACGUUCACCGAUUGCUUCAACUGCCUUCCUAUCGCCGCUAUCAUCGACGAGAAGAUUUUCACCAUGCACGGUGGCCUCAGCCCUGACCUCAACUCUAUGGAGCAAAUUCGCCGUGUCAUGCGACCUACUGAUAUCCCUGACUGCGGUCUUCUUUGCGAUCUCUUGUGGUCUGAUCCAGAUAAGGAUAUUACUGGCUGGAGCGAAAACGACCGAGGUGUCUCGUUCACAUUUGGUCCCGAUGUUGUCUCGCGCUUCCUGCAGAAACAUGAUAUGGACCUGAUCUGCCGAGCUCAUCAGGUUGUUGAGGACGGCUAUGAAUUCUUUUCCAAGCGCCAGCUGGUCACGCUAUUCAGUGCGCCCAACUACUGUGGUGAAUUUGACAAUGCCGGUGCGAUGAUGAGUGUCGACGAGAGCUUGCUGUGUUCUUUCCAGAUCUUGAAACCCGCUGAAAAGAAGCAAAAGUAUGUUCCAACCACUCUUGGCAGCACUAGCACGCCUAUCAACUCCCCCCGCUAG